GGGAGCCCGUUUGGGCGUUCCAAGAGGUCGGCUCUCCUGCGGGGAGGCGCGCGCUCCUGGCCAGCGGCGCGGCGCGCCGGCACGAGGCUCGCUCCCGAGAGGGCAGGUGGGGGCGGGGAGCGGGCGCUCGGGUUGUGGUGGCCGGAGGGGCCUGGGCCGCGAGGUCGACGCCUGUGGUUCCGGCGGUCGAGGCCAAAGGACCCACCGCGGCUUGGUCGCCGGAGAGGGAGGGGUGCGCUGCCGCCGCCGCCCGGCCGGUGCCCGGGAAAAUCAGCCCAGAGAAUUGAUGGGAUUUGCCCCAGGUCUCCCACCGGGCAAGCCAGCCCUAAGGACCCGGGUACUGGCGCAUGGGGACGGUGGCUCUCCCUCUCGUGUGUAAAGGACGGAGCCCCUGGACUGCCAGGUUGCCUACCCGGGAGGAGGAGGAAGAGGAGAAAUCCGUCUGCUGGGGCCUGAGCGUGGCCUGGGGGACCGACCAUCGUCCCAGGAUGCCCCUGCCCAAGCCCAGCGAGCAGGAGGGUGAGAGUGUGAAAGCUGGCCAGGAGCCGGCCCCGGAGUCCCCUGAGCCAGGGACCGAUGUCGUCCCCGCCGCCCCCACGAAGCCCAAAGUGUUCUCCAAACUGGUCCUGCUGGCAGCCUCCACAGAGAAUGUGGACGAGGUGGACUCCCCGCCCAAAGGAGGGCACCGUGUCAUGUCCCUGGAGUUGUCUGGCCCUGACACACUAGCCAGGACCCCCCAGAUCCUGCCAGUGGAGGAGCAAGCGGGCACAGUCCAGCCAACCCCCCGGGUCCCUGAGCAUAAACGCAGCAAGCCAGACACAGCAGCCCUCACGCCCCUGGAGUUCCUGAGGACCCCUUUCGGGGGCCGCCUCCUGGUGCUCGAGUGCUUCCUGUACAAGCAGGAGAAGGCCGUGGGCGACAAGGUGUACUGGACGUGCCGCGAGCACUCUGAGCUGGGCUGCCGGGGCCGGGCCAUCACCCGGGGCCCACGGGCCACAGUGAUGCGCGGCCACUGCCACCCGCCUGAUGAGGAGGGCCUGGAGGCCCGGCGCCAGAGACAGAAGCUGCCCGGCCCAGCCCUGCCUGAAGGCCCGGGGGGUCCGCAGGGCCCCGGGGGCCAAGUGGAGGAGCCACUGGAAGGGGUGGGCCCGUGGCUGUGCCCUGAGGAGCCGGAGCCCGCCCCUGGCUUGGUGCUGAGCAGGCCCGCCGCAGAGGAGGAUGAGGGCCUACGAGCCCUGUCGCUGCUGAGCUUGCCCCCCAAGAAACGGCCGACGCUGGGGACCGGAGAACCCCGGCCCCUGGAGUUCCUGAGGACUUGCUACGGGGGCCAGUUCCUGGUGCACCAGCGCUUCCUGUACAAGCGAGAGAAGGCCGUGGGCGACAAGGUGUACUGGACGUGCCGGGACCACGCUCUGCACGGCUGCCGCAGCCGGGCCAUCACCCAGGGCCAGCGGGUGACUGUGAUGCGCGGCCACUGCCACCCGCCGGACGUGGAGGGCCUGGAGGCCCGGCGGCAGCAGGAGAAGGCCAUGGAGACGCUGCAGGCCCGGCCGGGCGUGCCCGGGGGCCAAGUGGACGAGCUGCUGUCCCGCGGCGGGCCCGGGCCCCUGACUCUCAGCAGAGCCCGGCCUAGAAAGCGCGCAAAGGCCCUUCCGGCCCAGCCCCCGGCCCUGCAGGGCGCCUCCGCCGGGGACCAGGAGGAUGACCUGGGAGGCCCCGAGUUCCUGAGGACCCCUCUGGGGGGCAGCUUCCUGGUGUACGAGUCCUUCCUGUACAGGCGGGAGAAGGCGGCCGGGGAGAAGGUGUACUGGACGUGCCGGGACCAGGCCCGCAUGGGCUGCCGCAGCCGCGCCAUCACCCAGGGCCGGCGGGUGACUGUGAUGCGCGGCCACUGCCACCCUCCUGACCUUGGGGGCCUGGAGGCCCUGAGGCAGCGGGAGAAGCGCCCUGGUGCGGCCCAGCGGGGGAGCCCAGGAGGCCCCGAGUUCCUGAGGACCCCUCUGGGGGGCAGCUUCCUGGUGUACGAGUCCUUCCUGUACAGGCGGGAGAAGGCGGCCGGGGAGAAGGUGUACUGGACGUGCCGGGACCAGGCCCGCAUGGGCUGCCGCAGCCGCGCCAUCACCCAGGGCCAGCGGGUGAUGGUGAUGCGCAGACACUGUCACCCGCCCGACCUGGGGGGCCUGGAGGCCCUGAGGCAGCGGGAGCAGAUCCCCAGCCCAGCCCAGAGAGAAGGCUCAGGAACGCUGCAGCCUCUGGAGUUCCUGCGGACUUCGCUCGGGGGCCGGUUCCUGGUGUACGAGUCCUUCCUCUACCGGAAGGAGAAGGCGGCCGGGGACAAGGUGUACUGGAUGUGCCGGGACCAGGCCCGGCUGGGCUGCCGCAGCCGCGCCAUCACCCAGGGCCAGCUGGUGACGGUGAUGCGUAGCCACUGCCACCUGCCUGACCUGGCGGGCCUGGAGGCCCUGAGGCAGCGGGAGCGGCGCCCCGGCGCGGCCCGGCAGGAGGACCCAGGUGGAGACAGGGCUGGGGGUCAGAGGUGGGAGUACCAACGAGCCGUGGGCAUCUCGUGGCUGCCAGCCCAAGGUUCAGACACCUCAGGGCAUUGGCGUCAUCUGGACCUUCGCGCCCUGGCCUUUCUACCUUUCCAGAAUCUUCUACCUCUCCUGUCCACUGGCUCCUUCUCCUGAACCUGAAAACACCCCCGGAUCUGUCCCAUCCUCAAGAACAACUCCCCUUCUCAUUCUGUCUCCUUUCUUUUAUUCUAAGAGGUCUUCACUUGUUACAGGGCAGUGUUUUGUGAAAAUCUGAUGAAAAAAUAGAGAGCACUCCAGAAGAAUGUACUAAUGUCUGUGUGCGCGCGCGCACACACGCGCGUGUGCACACACGUUCGUAAGGCUUGCCGAUAAUUAAUUUUAUUGAACUGAAAAUGGGUCCCCUUCACAUAAACAGAAUAUAGAACCAGUCUUUAAGAGGCAUUUUUGUGUUUUAUGUUAAUUCACGUAACUAAUAAGGGCCACAGGAAGCCUCGGGGGCCCAGUCAGUUAAGCGUCCGGCUCUUGAUUUUGGCUCAGGUCAUGAUCUCUAGUUGGUGGGAUUGGGCCCCAAGUCGGGUUUGGGCUCUGCGAUGACUGCACAGAGCCUGCUUGGGACCCUCUGUCUGUCUGUCUGUCUGUCUGUCUCUCUCUGCGCCCCUCCCCCACUCGCACUCGCUUGCUCUCUCCCUCUCGAAAUAAAUACACUUAAAGAAAUGAUAAGGGCCACAUUUUAUCAAAUACAAAAAUGAUCCCAGGUUGUAUAAAACAGCCCAAAGAAAUUUGAUUUCUGUUCAAAGACAAAACAAAAACAGAAGGAGACUUCUGAGAGAAAGCCGCCAGUUGGCGGCAACAGGAAGUAGAAUUCGUGGCGCCCCCGUGGUGCCGCAGAGGGCACCUCGCUUUGUUUUGCACGUUUUUAUUUGUUGCUUUAUUUUGAGAGGGAGCGCGAGCCCGCGUGGGCAGGGGAGGGGCAGAGAGAGAGAGGGACGGAGGGGAGCCCACGCAGGCUCCACGCGGUCGGCGCAGGGCCCGAUGCAGGGCUCAGAGGCACGAGCCCUGAGAUCCUGACCGGGGCCGAAACCGAGAGUCGGCCGCUCGACCGACUGAGCCCCCCCCCCCCCCCCCCCCGGGCGGAGGGCCCCUCGCUUCUGACGCCUGGUUCAGUCCCGAUCUGCUCGGUGGAGGGGCUGACCGCUGACCCUCAGGAUCCCCACCAGCUCCCUCCACCAGGCGCGGGAGUUUGGGGCGUCAGGAAACCAGAAUUCCCCGCGACGGCCCACAUCAGGGUCUCUCCUCCCGGAUUCCUUUAUCCUCGAGGCCUCGAGGUCAUCAUCGCAAAGUGCGCGCCUCGGGCUCUCGCCGCCUCAAGGAGAGAAGAAUUACUAACCCGCAUUUUCCAUUCUCUUCCCUCAGAAAACACGAAACUUCCGCCAGAAGUGCAGCUGCGUGUCCAGAGCGUCCCUCCGGAAACCCAGCAGGUGUGCGGGUAACGGUGUCCGUUGUCUGACGUCGCACCACAGAUCGCCCGAAACGUGGUGGCUUCUGGCGACGGAGAGUCACCGUCUCCCACAGCUUCUGUGGGCAGGAUUUCCAGAGUGGUUGGGCCAGUGGUUCUGGCCCGGGGUCUCUUGUGAGGUCGGAGAAGGUGUCAGCCAGGGCCGUGGUGACGCGAAGGCCGGCGGGGGCUGGAGAGCCGCUUCCAAAGCGACUCAUUCAGUCAGCACGGCCGUGGGCUGCUGGCCUCAGCUCCUCCCCGCACGGACCGCUCCUCAGAGCUGCUCCGGUGUCCUCACACCCGACGGCUGUCUCCCCACGAGCGCCCCGAGGGAGGGAGCCGAGCGAGAAGGCCCGCAGCCCUCCCACGCGCACGUGGGGCCCGGCCGGGCGGCCGCGUCUCGGCCCUGACCCAAGGCCCCAGAAUUCUACGAGGACUGGGUUCACGCCAGCUGUGUUGUCGGUCACAGUGCGACGAAGCCAGAAGUCGGGACACGGAGAAAGUUGGGGACCUCGUAAAUGUGAGAGACAACACGCUCCCGAACAACCGAUGACUCGGGGGGAGAAAUCCCGAGGACGGUGGAAAAUGGCCCGAAAUGAACAAAAUGGGGCACCGCCAGACGCACGGCCGCAGCUGAGCCCUGCUGACGGGGAGCCUGGGGCUGUGAGUUCCCGGAUUAAGAAACGAGAGGUCAACUCGUUAACUUAAACUUCCACGCGAAGACCCUGGCGAAACACGAACGAGGCAGUCCUGCAGCGAGAGGGGGAGACCAUAGGGAAUGGAAAUUCACGACAUAGAGAAAAGUCGGUUCUUUGGAAGGAUCGUCCAAAUUGAUAAACCUGUAGCUCCAUCACCCCCAAAAUUGGUUUUUAAGGAUAGGGAAGACUCGGGGGCACCCGGCUGGCUCAGAGGAGUGUGGGAGUCUUGUUCUCAGGGUCAUGAGUUCGAGCCCCACAUUGUACGUAGAUCUUACUUUAAAAAAAAGAAACAACUUUAGGGGCGCCUGGGCGGCUCAGUUAAAUGUCUGGCCUCGGCUCAGGUCAUAAUCUCGAGGUUCAUGGGUUCGAGCCCUCCGUCGUGCUCGACAGCUGUCCUGCUGACAGCUCGGAGCCUGGAGCCUGCCUCGGAUUCUGUGUCUCCGUCUCUCUCUGCCCCUCCCCCUCCUCAUGCUUUGUCUCUCUGUCUCUGUCAAAAAUAAACAUUAAAAAAUUAAAUCUUUAAAAAUCAAAUAAGGAUAGGGAAGAUUCCAAUUACUAAAAUCAAGAAUGAGAGGAGAGACACUACUGCCUACAUCACAGGGAAACACACACACACACACACACACACACACACACACACAGAAGGAUCGUAAGGGAAGCUAUGAGGCCAGCCAAUCCAGUAACUCAGAUGAAGUGAAUGCAUUUCUAGAGAGGCAAGUACCAAGUCUGGCUCGUGAAGAACUACGAAAACCCGAACAGGCCUGUAACAGGCAAAGAGGCUUAAUUAGAAGUUCUAAAACUUCCCGUCAAGGAAAGCGCAGGCCCGGAGGUCACUGGUGGCCUCUAGCAAACACUAAACGAAGAAUUAGCACCCGUCCUUCACAGACUCUUCCUCAAGGUAGAAAAGGAGGGACAGGACUUUUAGGGAGAGUGGGGGUGCCCCCGAAGUGGCCGUGGUCCUGGGCGCACGGCUGUGGGGACACUGCACCUGUCGGGCUCCACGCUCAGGGCGGACACGGUGGAGUGAGAACAGCAGCUCAAAACUCGCUGAAAAAAAACGGGAAGGAAGCCACGGUGACUUUCUGACCCACACCACACCCUGUCCCUCUUGCUUCACUCUGUUCCUCCACCGCACGGAGCCCACGCUCGAGGGGAGGGCGUCGGGCUCCCGCACCCGAAAGGAGGGAUAGCAGAGAACUCGUGAUUUCCAAACCCUUCACGGUGAUCCAAGAGAACUUCUUGUUUCUUGACAGAGAAUCUUGCAAAGGCCACAUGCAGAGCCCCGGGGACUCUGGAGGCGGGGGUGGGACUUCUCAGGAGAGUUGGUGGUUCCUCCCGGGACACGCUGGCGUAGAAAGCCGAGAAUUCCCAAAUUGUAGGUUAAAGGAAACGGUACAGGGCACCUGGGUGGCUCAGUCGGUUAAGUGUCUGGGUUCGGCCCAGGUUGUGAUCUCACAGUCCGUGGGUUCGAGCCCCACGUCGGGCUCUGCGCUGACAGCUCAGCGCCUGGAGCUGCUUCGGCUUCUGUGUCUCCCUCUCUGCCCCUCCCCCAGUCACGCUCUCACUCUGUCUCUCUCAAAAAUAAACAUUAAGACAUUAAAGGAAACGGCACAAUGCGUGUAUGUGUACGUGUGUAACAAGGUCUAGUCCGUGGCGAUCUCUAGGGAAAAGGAAACUAGGGUCUGCUUCUGCCGUGUUUGGAUGUUUGUAACGAACGUGUGUUUCUUUGUAAUCAGGAAGGUGAACUGUACGAAACCGCCCAGUGAGGAGCAGUGUGGCCCAUCCCCUCCCGACGGGAGCAUGGGGACCUCGUGCUGCCAGCGUCACGGAUGCUCCGAGCCCACCCAGGACCCUGGCGCUUCCCACCCGGUUAGAUUUUGCUUCACAAAGACUCUCUUCCACUCCUCCACAGCACGGUGGCCUUCUCACUUCUUCACGGGGCCUCCCAAGAGGAAAACUCUGACGGUGUCUUCGAGCGGGCACACGGGAGCUGGCGGCCCGCACACAUGGGUGACUCGGGGAGAGCCCCCCCUCGCUACGGAAGACCUGGAGAAGCAUCUUUACACGGAGACACCUCUCCCCCGCUCCGCCGUCCCGAGCCGCGAACACCCGUCCACUUUCAGAGCACGCGACUUUGCCAAGGCCUUUCCAGUCCGGUGCGGCCCUGCUUGGCCAGGGCACGUUUGGAGAAGUUCCUCCUGCUGCUUCGGGCUCAGCUGUCCCGUGUAGCUCCGGCCUCCCCGGGUGUUCUCUGGGCAGGGGCCACGUGGGCCUUUGCGCCCCUCGGCCGCCUGCCACUGAGCCGCAGCCCCCCCCCCCCCCCCGCCUGGUAACAGCAGCCCCACCGCACUCCCCCCGCACGCGCCGUCGACUUUGUCUCCCUCGCUGUCUUCCCAGGAUCCGUGAUCCCUGUGGCGGGCGUCCCUGCUGGCGGUGGGCGCCAGCCCGGAUGUCCACGGGAAGGCGGCCCCGGACGGCCACGACCGGGCCCGCGGUGUGUGGGUUGCCCACGUCCGUCUGGUGCAGGAGACGCAGACUCGAAUGGCAGCGGAGGCCCACCCCUUCUGUCCGCCGGUGCAGGGGAGCUGGCCUGGCAGGUCCGAGAAGCAGGCGGCGGCGGCCGGGAGCCCCGGAGACACCUGCCGGGCCGUCCGGACAGCGAGGUUCCUUGUCUCCACGCUGUGACUGCAGAGCGAGCACGGGGCCACAGACUCCCUCUCUCCCGCCAAGCCGGCCGUGCAGCCUGCUGUCCGGCUACAGGACAGCGACAGCUUGGGACCCCACUUUCCCUCUGCUUACAGAUUUCCCGCCAAUAAACCCUAUUUUAUAUCUCA